AUGGCUGUGAUUACUCCGGAGAACAUCAUGCUGUGUGUGGAGGACAUCAAAGCCGCCGCUUCCGCUAAGCUGCCUGCAGUACACAGAGACUUCUUCAAUGAUGGCUCAACGAACAUGGUCACUGUACAAGACAACUCACGGGCAUUCUCCAAGUACCGCUUAAGGCCGCGCUGCCUCGUCGACGUAUCCAAAGCCGACAGUACAACGACAGUCUUUGGCCAGCAGAUCGAUUUCCCCCUUUGCGUCUCGCCCGCCGGGCUACAGGCCAUCGCGCACCCGGAUGGCGAGUUGGCGACAAGCCGCGCCUGCGCCAAGCGCCGGGUUCACAUGGGUGUAUCGACGUUCUCGAACCACUCGGUGGAGCAGGUGCGCCAGGCUGGUCUUGAGGUCGGGCCUCUGGCACACGUUAUGCAGCUGUACACGAUGCGAGACCGCGAUGCGCAGCUGCGCAUUAUCCGGCGCGCCGAGGCCGCCGGCUGCGUGGCUCUGUUCCUCACGGCCGAUAGCCCCGUGCUGGGCGUGCGCUAUAAUGAGGUCCGCUCCGACUUCCGCACCCCCGAAGGCUUGUCAUUGCCCAUGCUGGAACGUACCUCGGAAGAUAUCCGCGCCCAGACCCACGACGACGGGUUCACUUCAUUUAACUCGGAUGCGCACUCGUGGGCUGUUGAUAUUCCGUGGCUACGCAGCGUUACCAAGAUGCAGAUCUGGAUCAAGGGCGUGCUUACGGCCGAGGAUGUGCACCUCGCUAUCCAGUACGGCUGUGACGGCGUUGUCGUGAGCAACCACGGUGGCCGCCAACUUGACGAGACACCAGCCACCAUCGAUGUGCUCCCAGAGUGCGCGAAAGCCGCUAAUGGCAGGAUCAGGAUCCAUGUCGACGGCGGCAUCCGCAGCGGCACUGACAUCUUCAAGGCGUUGGCCCUUGGUGCCGAGUGUGUCUGGAUUGGCCGUCCCGUGGUGUGGGGGUUGGCCUACAACGGAGAGACAGGCGUUAUCAAAACCUUGGAUAUAUUGUACGGCGAGUUCAAGAGAUGCAUGCAGCUGUGUGGAUGCAGUUCGAUCAAGGACAUAACACAAGCAGCAUUGGGCAUCGCUAGGGCCGAUGGGCCGCUUGCCCGGCUGUAG